AUCUCCCUCUUCCCCUCUUUCUCCAGUCGAUUCCUCAACGCGACGCUCGCUCUUUUCGACGACAUUACACUCUUUUUCACCGCAACACUCCUUACUAGUAGAUUGAUACUUUCGACCUUAUCUGUUCCUAUUGUUCUCCUGUCACAAUGCAGGUCUCUACACUCGUUUUCAUCGCUUCGGCACUCCUUUCCGGAUCCGUCAACGCCCAUGGUCGCCGCUUCGACGCCCACCAUACUCACCGGGCACACCAAGCGCGUCAGCAAGACUCCACCGUCUCCGUCUCCCUCCCCACGGACGUGACCUAUGCCCCGCUUAGCCAGCUGACAAUGAACAACCCUAGUCCAUCUACAAUGGCUUUGAGUACCACCUACCAGGCUGGGCAGCAGCCAACCCUUGCUGGUGCUCCCCCUCUGCCCUCCGCAACUAUCAUCACCCUUGGGUAUCCUCCCCAGGAUCAAGUUCCUCCCACGGAUUCUCCGCAAGUCCAGCAAUGGUUAAAAGAGCUUGAUGGCUGGAACAUUCCCGACAUCCGCCCUACAAUCAACGGGUCCUGCUUGGAUGACCCUGAGGCGGCGGCGAACGCGACGGCCGCAGGCAACUGCUGGUGGACUUGCGGUCAAUGCUCGCGUCCAGACGAUCUCACUGUCUGCCCUGACAAGUACACAUGGGGUGUUAGCUACGAUGAUGGUCCUAGCCCGUACACUUCCAAGAUCCUAGAGUUCCUGAACGAGGAGGAUAUCAAGGCGACGUUCUUCGUCAUCGGUUCCCGCGUUCCUGGACGUUCGGAUAUCCUGCAAGCCGAGUACAUGUCUGGGCACAUGAUCUCUGUCCAUACUUGGUCCCAUCCCCCAUUGACCACCCUCACAAAUGCUGAGAUCGUCGCCGAGCUCGGCUGGACUCGUCAGAUCAUCAGGGACUCCAUCGGUGUGACGCCCAAUAGCAUGCGUCCCCCGUACGGUGACAUCGACGACCGUGUCCGCGCCAUUUGCCUUGCCAUGGGUCUGCGUCCCAUCCUGUGGACCUCAUACGGAAACGAGAACUUCGACACUGAUGAUUGGCGUAUCGCUGGUGGCGACACCAAUGGCACUCAGUGCCUCGCCAACUUCGAGGCCAUCAUGACCGAAGCGGAGCAGAUCGACACCGGCUUUAUUGUCCUGGAACACGACCUGUAUGCGCAGUCGGUGGACCUUGCCGUUGGGUACAUCCUGCCCUACGCUCUUGAGCACAUCCCGAAGUUUACUCUCGAUUCCAUCUCUCAAUGCUGGGCUCUGCUCGCAUCAGAAGCAUAUGUCGAGACCGCUACCACAUCUCCCUUCCGUGCAAGAGACGGCGGUCUGAAUAAUGCAGGAAAUAACACCUCUCCCUGGCAAUGCAGUGGAUCGUCCUGCACUUCGGCUGCAGGAGGUUACGCAGCGACAGAAACUGGCUCGCUUGUCGGUGCACCUGGUCAGACAGGCACCCCUGGAUCAGGCUCCAUUGGGUCCGGUAACUCUGGCAGCUCCGGUGUCAAGAGCGGAGCCCUCUCACUGGCCAUGGCAUGGGUCGACAGGCUCCUGCUCCUCGUAGGUGUGAUGUUUGGAGCUGUUCUGCUCUUGUAGAUAUCUUCCUGCAUUCUUCACACCCCUCUAAUCCUUCGCCUCCACGACAUCGUUUCUUGUAUUCCUUAUCCAUCACGUUAGUCUGGACUAUCUUCCACAGCUGUUUGACAAUAAAUGACGGAUUCCGCAAAACAAUUCUCAUCCUGUCCGAUAUCAUUCCGUGAAACGAAACAAAG